UGGUCCACCUGGGCCCUCUACAAAAAAUGUAUAAAUCAGGAUAAAGUUCUGCAUUUUGCAAGAAACAUUAAGAAGUACCGUUUUAACUGCAGCCACAUUGAAAUUGAUGACAUGUACACACAAGCCUAUGGGGACUUUGACUUUGACCCCAUCAAAUUCCCCAACGUGACAGAGAUGUUUGCAAAGCUGAGGGAGGAUGGGUUUAAGGUCACCCUGUGGACUCAUCCUUUCAUAAACUACAAUUCCUCCAAUUUUGGGGUGGGAAUCGAGCGUCAACUGUUCAUCAAGGAGCCGUCGGGGCGGCUGCCAGCCAUGGUGGAGGGGUGGAACGGCAUUGGGGCCAUUCAUCCCAGUAUCUGGUCCCGACGCUACACGGAGAUGGCCAUCCCCUUCUAUGAGCUGGCCGAGGUGCGAGUGGGCUACCAGUCACAGAACAUCUCCUGCUUCUUCCGGAUCAUUGAUCGCGACUCCAUCUGGGGCUAUGAGCUUGGCCUCAAGUCCCUCAUCCCCACAGUGCUCACCAUCAGCAUGCUGGGGUACCCCUUUGUACUGCCAGAUAUGAUUGGAGGAAACUUCCUUCCCAACAAGACAGAUGGGGCAGUGGAGAUCCCCGACCGGGAGCUGUACGUGCGGUGGCCGGAGCUGUCAGCCUUCAUGCCCUCUAUGCAGUUCUCCAUCCCGCCCUGGCUCUACGACAAGGAGGUGGUGGAGAUUGCACAGAAGUUCACAGAGCUCCACGAGUCGCUGGUGGCCCCGCUGCUGCUGGAGCUGGCCGGGGAGGUCACCGACACGGGUGACCCCAUCAUCCGUCCCAUCUGGUGGAUCUCACCCCACGACGAAGCCACUCACAGGAUCGACUCCCAGUUCCUCAUUGGUGACACUCUCAUGGUGGCCCCCGUCCUGGAGAUGGGCAAGCAGGAGCGUGACAUCUACCUGCCAGCGGGCAAGUGGCGCAGCUACAAGGGGGAGUUGUUUGAGAAGACCCCGGUUCUGCUCACGGACUAUCCCGUCGACCUGGACGAAGUUGCCUAUUUCCUCUGGGUUUCCUAA